CUGAGCUUUCAUCAGGAUAAAUGAGCUUCUGGGACGUCCAUCUAAUGAAGAACCAAUAGGAGCGCGGCAAAUGCUGGAUGAUUAAUUGAGCGCCAUCAUGAUUGCCACUGGGGGUCUUCUGCGAAUAUCUUCCCGGCGACAGGACUCCCUCCGCGCGAAAAACCGCGCCGAAAACAAGCGCAAGAGGAAAGCAAAGAAAAAGAGGAAGAACGAAGUGGUUGUGGUUAAAGGAAAGCUCAAGCUGUGUUCCAUAUCUGGACUGGUCGCUGCCAUUGGGAUUUUGGUGCUACUGGUUGGCGUCGCAAUGGCUGUGAUGGGAUACUGGCCCAAACCCAAUCCGCCGUAUCCGGGAUUGAUGAACACGUCGAGCGCUCAGAGGACUUACGAGAGCCGAGAGUUAGUCAAUGUGACCGUCAGAUGGGAUCUACUAGAUAAAGUCUUCAGGAGCUAUAAUGGGUCCAACGGGACGGCUGAGGUGCAUUCGGCUAAGCUUGGAGCAUUUGCUACGUUUAUUAAGAGAUAUUUGUAUUCCGACAAGCUGAAGGUGUUCGGACCUUUAAUCAUGGGCAUCGGGAUCUUCCUAUUCAUUUGUGCGAAUGCAGUACUUCACGAAAACAGAGACAAAAAGACCAAAAUCAUUAAUCUAAGAGACAUCUACUCAACGGUGAUUGACAUUCAUAGUUUGCGGAGCAAGGAGUCCGGGCCGCUGAACGGUUUCGUGAACUACUGCCAAUCGAAAGAGAACAAAUCCCCGAAUAAAGUCUCCUGGCCUUCUCCAGGCUCCGGUCGACACGACGCGAGUAGCACGAUCCCAUCCCGACGUCUGUCGACCACAAUCCCACGAGUUUCUUCUUUGGACAAACAGAGCUUUACGGACACGGUCUACAGCAUCUAUCAAGACCAGAAACAAAUCCCACCUGAGCUCAAACAAUGGGAAACCAGAACAAUCGUAUCAACUUCAGUCAAUGCGUUCACCCUGCCAAUGAUGAAGCUCAACAACCGGGGAGCGUCCGAAAGAAGGGGUUCGGAUAAAACGGGAGAAGCCAAGAGAGAGUUUUUGGACGCCGAGGCCAUUUGUAGACGUUUGGAGGAUCUGGUUGCGUCUAGGACCAUCACAAAGGCCAAAGUGGAACCGGCUCAAAGUCACCCAGAGCUUGCGCAGGACUCGGUGGAGGUUUAUAGGAGUAUUGGAAGUUUGCAAGGAGCUCCUCGAGUUUCUUUGCAGGGAUCGCAGGUUCAGUUGCUUCCACCGUGUUCUCCGGGCCGCAAAACCACAGGAUCUCACCUGUCUUUAAGCGCUUUAUCGGACUACUCCAGGUCUAUUGAUCUGGAUAUCUCGUGUAUUCCUACGGACCGGCAGGUGCGAUCGAGGCGUCUCAGUUGCCCUCGACUGGAGGGUCUCGGUGGCGGGGGCUACACCAAACUCGAGGGUCUUGGCGGCGAGUCCUUCGAGUCCACGGACAAUGCCAUGUUUAGUCAUGGGAGUUCUGUUGAGGUUUUGGAAAAGGACCACAAUCAGACGGACCAAGAGGAGAGCGGCGUGGUCAGACAAUACUCAAAGAAACAAAAACUCAUAAUGGUUUCUCAAUCGGACACUACUUUAGAGGAUGUGGAAAUGGACAGUGUAGAAAUUUAACUCGGGGAUUCGCUCUUGAGACUCUUGGCUGAGAGGAAGCUAAAGGUAUGGUCACAUUGGGGAAAUUUGUUUAGAGAAUUUUCCCAAGUGAUUUCAAUGGGAAUUGACGCGAUUGGGAAUUUCCCCACAUGGAUUUUACAUUGGUUGACUCGAGGACCAUCACAAAGGCCAAAGUGCAACCCUCAAUAAAGGCUAAUUAUAUUUCUACAGGUAAAUUGUAUUUAAACUGCAACUAUGUCCAUUUGAUGGUCCUCAGAAAGUAAUUUCAGCGAAUUUUCACAAGCGAAAUCCAGUCAUUUCAAUGGGAAUUGACUCGAUUUGGAAUUUCCCCACAUGGAUUUCACAUCGGUAAAGUCUAGGACCAUCACAUAGGCCACACAUUUCUACAGUUAAAUUCUAGUUACAUUUCUACUCUGUCCAUUUGAUGGUCCUUUAGAAAGUAAUUU